AUGGACUCGGACAACAACACAUUCACAGAUUCACCACCAGCAGAGCCCCAGGAUGACACAAAAUCUCCAGGGAGUCAGCUAUUCAGAUCGACUACUCAUGAAUGUCUCUUCGUGGUAUUAGCGGCCUUCGCAAAUGCGCAGACAUCUGUGUUCCAGGGUGCCACCGUUAUCAUCACCGCUAAAAUCGGCGACGACCUCAACAUGACCUCUGCUGAGAUUGCCUGGAUUACGGCUAGUGCUGCUCUUACCGGUGGUGCCUUCCUUCUUGCCUUUGGCAAAAUAGCCGACAUCUUCGGACGCAGACAACUCUUCAUCCUGUCGAUGGCCGGAUACUCGGUGUCCCUACUCAUCGCCGGCUUUGCGAAUAGCGCCAUAUAUCUGGAUAUUUUCUCAGGGAUCAUCGGACUUGCUUCAGCGGCGGCGGUUCCUCCAGCUGUAGGAUGCCUCGGAGCAGUAUAUCCGCGCCCCUCGAAGAGGAAGAACUAUGCCUUCUCCUGUUUUUGUGCGGGGGGCGCCUUGGGGUUUGUGGUUGGAAUGCUGGUCUCUGGGAUCGCGUCGUAUGUGUCUAGCUGGAGAGCAUCUUUCUGGACGCUGGCCGUGAUUUAUUCUAUAUUCACUGGAAUUACGGCCUGGACGGUACCGAGUGACGGUCCGCGGUCGCCAGGAAUGUCAACAUUAAAACAGUUCGAUAUACUGGGCACAUUGUUAAUCGUCGCGGGAUUCGGAAGCUUCUCGAGUGCUUUAACUUUAUCUGGGGAAGCUCCUGAUGGAUGGAAAACAGACUACGUGAUUACACUCCUCAUAGUAGGCGUAGCUCUCCUAGCUGGGUUCAUAUUCUGGCAGUCCAUCGCGACACAUCCUCUGAUGCCGUUAUAUAUAUGGAAAGAGAGAAACUUCUCCUUGCUGAUGAUAAUCUUCUCCCUCUGCUACAUGGGCUUUGCAGCCACUCUUUUCUACCUGCCAUUGUAUUUGCAAAAGGUAAAAAAUUACUCAGCCUUGUUGAUCACCGCGCAAAUGCUCCCCCUGGUUUGCAGCGGUGUUAUCACAAAUAUCAUUUGCGCGGCAAUCCUACACCUUGUGAGCCAAAAACUACUCAUGGGCCUAGCUGGCGUCCUUUACAUUGCUGCUUUCCUGAUUCUAGGCUUCAUGAGUGCAGAGACGACCUAUUGGGCUUUUGUCUUCCCAGCAUUGAUCAUUCUUACGGUAGGGGUGGAUCUGCAGUAUAAUGUUGCGAAUAUCUACGUAAUGUCUUCUCUCCCUCCCUCUCACCAAUCCAUCGCCGGUGGUGUCUUCAGCACAGCCACUAAAUUGUCUUCGAAUAUCGCCAUGGGCAUCGCGACCUCUGUGUAUACCUCGAUGAUUAAAAGAGCUGCUCCCGAGAAUGCUGACGAGGACGUAAUCCGGCCAUAUUUGGGUGUUUAUUGGUUCGCGGCGGCGACGGCCGGGGUGUCACUUUGCUUCUUGCCGUUUCUGACCGUGAGGAACCAGAGUGAGGCUACUGUUCAGAAGGUCACGAGUAACGACGAUGAGAUUAGAAUGAAGGAAGGUGGAAAGGGAGGGUGUAAAGUUGCAGCUAAUAGUAUUACAUCCCUUGGUGACCACUUUUACAAGCAUAAGAAGCGGGUGUUUCACCCCGAAAUGUGUCUCAAUCACAUCGCUCAUACUCCUUCUCAUUCCAUACCUUCCCCCAUCAUGAAGUCCACAUUCGCGCUCCGCGCUCUUUUCCUCCUAGCACAAUACUCUCUCGCCUCCGCCCAGCAAACCCUCAAGACCCUGAACAUCGUCGCCCACCAAGACGAUGACCUACUCUUUCUGAGUCCCGACCUGCUACACAACGUGCAAGGCGGAGCCGGUCUGCGCACCGUCUUCCUCACAGCCGGUGAUGCCGGCCAGGGCUUCGAAUACUGGAACGGGCGUCAGCAGGGCUCGCUAGCCGCAUACGCACACAUGGCCGGUGUUGCCAACGACUGGACACAAAGUGACGCUGGCGUGCCCGACGCCGAUAUCCCCCUAUACACCUUGAACGGGCGGGAUGAUAUCUCGCUCGCCUUCCUGCAGCUCCCCGACGGCGGUCUCGACGGCACGGGCUGGGACUCAACGGACCAUGUCUCUAUCCUUCAGCUGUGGAACGGCGACAUCGACUCCAUUGACUCCAUCACCGGCUCGACGAACUACAGCAAAGACAAGCUUCUGACUUCAUUGGCGUGGCUGAUCGAGGGAUUCGAUCCUCUGCGCGUCAACACCAUGGACUAUGUUAAUGAUGUGGAUAUCAACCGUGACCAUCCCGAUCAUUCGGUCACCGGCUUUUUCGCGGAAAAUGCGGCCAGCCAGUCUACCUCGAAUGCGGAGGUGGUUGGAUACGUCGGAUAUCCGACCCAGAACAUGACCCCUAAUGUGAGCGGCACGGACUUGACUCAGAAGCAGGACGCAUUUUGGACUUAUGCGGGCUAUGAUGCUGGCACUUGCGGAAGUCCCGAUGCUUGUGGCGGACGACCUGAGCUGCAGUGGCUGACGCGGAUGUACAUACUUUAA